UGUGCUAGCAGCUGACAGCUAAAAAGUGAUAGAUAUGUGAAACUAAGUCAGUGUUUUGGGGUUUUUUUAUGACCAAGAACUUAAGGGAAUUGCAGGUUACUAUUUGCAGUGCAGUAAAACAUUUGUCCUUUGACUCUUCCAUUUCUUUUCUUCCCCAGAAAGCAACUGUGCAACAUGACAUUUGAAGAUUUUGAGAACUACUCUUAUUUCUAUGACCUGUCUGAGGAAGAUGAAUCACCCCAGUCCUCCCUCAGCAUCGCCCAUAUGAUCUCCCUUUCCUUUUACAGUGUGGCAUUUCUGCUGGGAGUGCCAGGUAAUGCCAUUGUCAUCUGGUUUAUGGGCUUUAAGUGGGAUAAAUCUGUUUCUACACUCUGGUUCCUCAACCUGGCCAUUGCAGAUUUCAUUUUUGUUCUCUUCCUGCCCCUCUAUAUUACAUAUGUGGCAAUGGGCUUCCACUGGCCUUUUGGUAAGUGGCUCUGCAAAAUGAACUCCUUCAUUGCACUACUUAAUAUGUUCGCCAGUGUUUUCUUCUUGACAUUCAUCAGCCUUGACCGCUACGUCCGCCUGGUCCACCCGGUCUUUUCCUACAAGUAUCGGACUGUGAGGAACACCCUUAUUCUUAGUGGGGUCAUUUGGAUGUCAGCUGCAAUUAUUGGUGGCCCUGCCUUAUACUUUAGAGACACAGCUACAGUUCUCAACAAUGUCACCAUUUGCUACAACAACUUCCAUAUGCAUGACAGAGAACUUAUUUUGCUGACACAUCACAUUCUCAUUUGGGUGAGGCUUGCAUUUGGUUACCUCUUUCCUCUAGUGACCAUGGUCAUUUGCUACUCCUUGCUGAUUGUCAAAGUGAAGAGGAGAACUGUAUUGACUUCCAGCAGGCUUUUCUGGACCAUCAUUGCUGUAGUUGUAGCUUUUUUUGUUUGCUGGACACCGUAUCACAUAUUCAGCAUCGUGGAGCUAUCUGCUCACCAUGACGAAAACUUGCAUGACUUACUGCAGGAUGGCAUUCCCCUCUCCACUGGCCUUGGUUUCAUCAACAGUUGCCUCAAUCCAAUCCUCUAUGUUCUGAUUAGCAAAAAGUUCCAGGCCCAGGUCAAGACAACAGUCUCUGAGGUGCUAAAAUUGGCACUGUGGGAGGUGAGCCGCUCGGGAACUGUCAGCGAGCAGCUGUGGAGCUCAGACAACACCCAUGCGCCUGCGCACUAUUGUGAAACUGCUCAGUGACUGCUCUUGUCACCAUCUCUCUCCAAAACAGCUGACAGGAGAUUUGGAGGUGUUCUUGACUUCACAUCUGCCAGUCAGAUGUGCAUCUUUGCAUGUACAGUUUUAUAUAAACGGCUGGCUUAAUUGCACUUGCUGCUUUCCUUGAAAGGUUUUUAAAGGACACAUCAUUUGGGUGUGGUGUACUUGCACUGCACAUGCAGCCUGAACUGAAAGUUGUCAGCAUAAGUGGAAUUGCUCUAACUGGAUUUUUGAUCAGGAAUGUUGUUGUAAUCCUGUUGUUUUGUCGUGUUUCCAUACCUCAUUGAUAUCGGAAGGGAAGAGCACAUAAUAAAAUUUUUCUUCCUUGCCAUCACUGGUAACACUCUUCAUAGAGGCAUUCUCAUCCAGGAGGUUGUGGCCAUACAUCGGUGGAUCACAAGUCUCCUGACUGUCUAGUAUUGCCCUAGGUAGGAAUCACUCGGCUACAUCCCUGCUAAGCAAUCUGUCAGUGGCUCCACUCUGCAAUUGGAGAGGAAUCCCAAGACAGAGAACGCCGAAUCACUGCCUUCUCUUGUCAAAAAAGACAAAUAUGGAAAUAAAAUCUGUUUUCUCCCAGUGCUCUUUAUCUUAUACUCAAAACUAAGACAGGAGAUGUCCUGCUUUCUGGUCACUUAUUCAUGUGCUUUUAGCACCACUUGGGUGCAAAAUACUAAGCAGAUGUUUCAUAUAGGCAUUAGGCUCACUUGAAGUGUGCAAAGAAUUAGUGAAAAUGUUUCUUACAG